GUAGAGGAAAUUGAGUGGCCUGGAAAACAAAAAGGUAGCAGCAUAUCAAGAUCGAGAUCAGAUCAGGGAUGGGUGUGGUAGAGGCAUCAAAGGGUGUAGUUGGGGAUAUAAGGAGGAGGUUUGGAGGAAUAAAGGAGAGGGUGCUAGAGAAAAUGGCGGCCGCUGCAGUUCCAGCUGAUGCUUUGGACAACGCACGCCACUUGUUGGAGACGACAGUUAGGGAUGUCACAGUGGCGGCUCAGGGCCUCACCAAGGAUGCCUUGCACCGCGUAAAGACACAGCUUGUCGAUGUUCUGCCCUCCCUGUCCCCGGCCAUCACCACUAAGAUGGUGGAUGAGGCAGACAAAGAAGCAAAUAGAGAUGAGAAUGCAGAGUCUGAAAGGGGAGAGGAAGAAAGUAAUGAUCAUGAUCAACCACCAAGACAGGACGACGACGACGAUAGUACUCAUGGCAAGGCCCCAUUCAUUUCACCUGCGUCCUCUUUGUUUCUUAACAUACCAUUAUCUAGACUAUGAAUGAUCAGCAUUAUUAAGUUAACGAGCAUUGUCCAAGUUGACUCAGCCAAGCUGAGGAGCAACUUUUCUCUACUUUUUUCCCUGCAACUAAUAUUAAUGGAAAGGAAAAUGCUCAUUUUCUCAUA